CCCUCCGCUCGCCAUGGCGUCCCAGCCCGAACGGGGGGAGAUCCUGCUCACCGAGGUGCAGGGAGAUUCCCGAAGCUUUCCAUUUUCUGAGAACGUGAAUGCUGUUCAAAACUUUUCAGAUACAAUGGUGCAACAGAAAUUAGAUGAUAUCAAGGAUCGAAUCAAAAGAGAAAUAAGGAAAGAACUGAAAAUUAAAGAAGGAGCUGAAAAUUUGAGGAAAGUCACAACAGAUAAAAAAAGUUUGGCUUAUGUGGACAACAUUUUGAAAAAAUCAAAUAAAAAAUUAGAAGAAUUGCACCACAAACUACAGGAACUAAAUGCACAUAUUGUUGUAUCAGAUCCUGAAGAUGUCACAGAUUGCCCAAGGACUCCAGAUACGCCAAGUAGUGACCCUCGUUGUGCCACUAGCAAUAAUAGAUUGAUGGCCUUACAAAAACAAUUGGAUAUAGAACUUAAAGUAAAACAAGGUGCAGAGAACAUGAUACAGAUGUACUCAAAUGGAUCUUCAAAGGAUCGGAAACUCCAUGGCACAGCUCAGCAGCUUCUCCAGGACAGCAAGACAAAAAUAGAAGUCAUACGAAUGCAGAUUCUUCAAGCAGUCCAGACCAAUGAAUUGGCUUUUGAUAAUGCAAAGCCUGUCAUAAGCCCUCUUGAACUUCGGAUGGAAGAAUUAAGGCAUCAUUUUAGGAUAGAGUUUGCAGUGGCAGAAGGUGCAAAGAAUGUAAUGAAAUUGCUUGGCUCAGGAAAAGUUACAGACAGAAAAGCACUUUCAGAAGCUCAAGCAAGAUUUAAUGAAUCCAGUCAGAAAUUGGAUCUUUUAAAGUAUUCCUUGGAACAAAGACUAAACGAACUUCCCAAGAAUCACCCUAAAAGCAGUAUUAUUAUCGAGGAGCUUUCUCUUGUUGCAUCACCAACACUAAGUCCACGUCAAAGUAUGAUAUCUACACAAAACCAGUACAGUACAUUAUCCAAACCAGCAGCAUUAACAGGUACUUUGGAAGUUCGUCUUAUGGGCUGCCAAGAUAUUCUAGAAAAUGUCCCUGGACGAUCAAAAGCAGCAUCAGUUACACUACCUGGCUGGAGUCCAAGUGAAACCAGAUCAUCUUUCAUGAGCAGAACAAGUAAAAGUAAAAGUGGAAGUAGUCGAAAUCUCCUAAAAACGGAUGACUUAUCCAGUGACGUCUGUGCAGUUUUGAAGUUAGACAAUACUGUGGUUGGUCAAACGAGUUGGAAACCUAUUUCCAAUCAGUCAUGGGACCAGAAGUUUACACUGGAACUAGACAGGUCGCGUGAACUGGAAAUUUCAGUUUAUUGGCGUGAUUGGCGAUCUCUGUGUGCUGUAAAAUUUCUGAGGUUAGAAGAUUUUUUAGACAACCAACGGCAUGGCAUGUGUCUCUAUUUGGAACCACAGGGUACUUUAUUUGCAGAGGUUACCUUUUUUAAUCCAGUUAUUGAAAGAAGACCAAAACUCCAAAGACAAAAGAAAAUUUUCUCAAAACAACAAGGCAAAACAUUUCUCAGAGCUCCUCAAAUGAAUAUUAAUAUUGCCACUUGGGGGAGGCUAGUGAGAAGAGCUAUUCCUACAGUAAAUCAUUCUGGCACCUUCAGCCCUCAAACUCCUGUGCCCGCUACGGUGUCAGUGGUUGAUGUACGCAUCCCCGAGCUAGCACCUCCAGCAAGUGAUUCUACGGUAACCAGAUUAGACUUUGAUCUUGAACCUGAACCUCCUCUGGCUCCUCCACGUGAUUCUUCUCUCGGGGAAAUAGAUGAAUCUGCUGAAUUGAGAGAUUUGGAUUUGCCAAGACAGGAUCCAGAAACUGUUUUUGAUAUUGAAAAUGACAGAAAUAGUAGACUUCUAAAAUCCCACUCUGAAUAUGAAUCUGAUAUUCCUCAGUCAAAUCUAAAAUAUCCUCAAAUUCAAGAACUUGAAGAGAGAAGGUCUCAACAGAUGUUUCAGUUUAAUCUACAAGACUUCAGAUGCUGUGCUGUCUUGGGUAGAGGACAUUUUGGAAAGGUACUUUUGGCUGAAUAUAAACAUACAAAUGAGAUGUUUGCUAUUAAAGCCUUAAAGAAAGGAGAUAUUGUGGCUCGGGAUGAAGUAGACAGCCUGAUGUGUGAAAAAAGGAUUUUUGAAACUGUGAAUAGUGUAAGACACCCUUUUUUGGUGAAUCUUUUUGCAUGUUUCCAAACCAAAGAGCAUGUUUGCUUUGUUAUGGAAUAUGCUGCUGGUGGUGACCUAAUGAUGCACAUUCAUACUGAUGUCUUUUCUGAACCCAGAGCUGUAUUUUACGCUGCAUGUGUUGUUCUGGGGUUGCAAUAUUUACAUGAGCACAAAAUUGUCUAUAGGGAUUUGAAAUUGGAUAACUUAUUGCUAGAUACAGAGGGCUUUGUGAAAAUUGCUGAUUUUGGUCUUUGCAAAGAAGGAAUGGGAUAUGGAGAUAGAACAAGCACAUUUUGUGGCACUCCUGAAUUUCUUGCUCCAGAAGUAUUAACAGAAACUUCCUAUACAAGAGCUGUAGAUUGGUGGGGACUUGGUGUACUUAUAUAUGAAAUGCUCGUUGGUGAGUCCCCUUUUCCUGGUGAUGAUGAAGAAGAGGUUUUUGACAGUAUUGUAAAUGAUGAAGUAAGGUAUCCAAGGUUUUUAUCUACAGAAGCCAUAUCCAUAAUGAGAAGGCUAUUAAGAAGAAAUCCUGAGCGACGCCUUGGAGCUGGUGAGAAAGAUGCAGAGGAUGUAAAAAAGCACCCAUUUUUCCGGCUAACUGAUUGGAGUGCCCUGAUGGACAAAAAAGUAAAACCACCUUUUGUGCCUACCAUUAGAGGACGGGAAGAUGUCAGUAAUUUUGAUGAUGAAUUUACCUCAGAAGCACCUAUUCUCACUCCACCUCGGGAACCAAGAAUACUUUCAGAAGAGGAGCAAGAAAUGUUCAGAGAUUUUGACUACAUUGCAGAUUGGUGUUAAGCUUCUAGACACUGUGAAUCCAAGUAGACUGACUCACAAGAAGACCUCCUAAGACUAGCAGCCCUUCAUUUGCUCUCUGUGCCACCAUACGCUUCUGAGUUUUUUUUUACAACAUGAAGAUUUCAUUUUAAAGUACUAUUAUAAUUCCUUGAGCGUGGCUUUUCAAUGUAUUUCAACGUAAUAUUGAGCACUGGAAACAGUUUAUGGAAUUUAAGCUGAAUGAACA